CUCUUCGCGGCGCCGCACGCUGUCAGCGCGUGUAAAGAUGAGCAGUGACUGGGUGAAGUCCUUCAGCGAUAUCGCAGGCUACGCGAAGAAUGCGGCUCAGCAGGCGUCCACGAUGAUGGCCGGCUCGGAGCUGGAGCGCAAGCUCGCCGAGGCGACGAGCAACGAGCCGUGGGGAGCGUCGAGCACGAUGCUGCAGGAGAUCUCCCGCGCCACCUUUGCGUACGACGACUUCAAGACAGUGAUGCUCUUCGUCUGGAGGAGUGCGCAGAACCAGGGCGCGCUGUGGCGCGUCACCUACAAGACGCUAAACAUGCUCGACUACAUCCUACGCCACGGCUCGGAGCGCGUGAUCGAGGACGCCAAGGAUCACCUGCGCGAGAUCAAAAAGCUCCAAAAGUUCGAGUACGUUGACCCCGACGGAAAGGACCAGGGUGUCAACGUGCGCGAAAAGGCGCGCCAGCUCGUCGAGAUGCUCACCUCAGAGGAGGCGCUCAACGCGGAGCGCGACAAGGCGCGGGCGACGCGCAACAAGUACGGCGGUGUGUCGGCGGCCGAGAUGAGUGGCGGCGGCGGUGGCGGUGGCGGCGGCGGCGGCGGCGGCGGCGGUGGCGGCGGCCGGAACAACGACAAGGGGCGCAAGGGCUUCUCGGACGAGGACUUCAAGUACGCCGCCGACCGCGAUCGGCGCUCCUCGGGCUCGGACCCGGUGAUGGGUCUCACCAGCUUGGUGGGCGGCUUGGUGUCGUCCGCGACCGAGUACGCGUCUGCGGCCAGCAAGCAGCUGCAGUCGAUGCAGACGCUCUUCCCGUCGAACGAGCUAGACCGCAAGCUGACCGACUGCCUCUCCAACGACCAGCAGAUGCCGUCCUCGUCGCUGCUCUACGAGCUGGGCCGCGCGACGCACCGCGAGGACGACUACCGCAUCAUCUUGUCGGCCAUCUGGCAGAACGUGCUCCGUUCCAACCAGCGGCCGCGUGUGAUGCUCAAGACGCUGCUGCUCCUCGAGUCGACGCUGCUGCACGGGCCCGACCGCGCGCUCGAAGAGACGAUCGACAUGAAGACCGACAUCAAGGUGCUCCAGUCCUUCUCAAGCACCGACUUCAACGAGGCAGGCAAGGUGCAGGCCAAGGCGAACGACAUCAUCGAGCUGCUCGACAACAGCUCCAACCUGCAGAAGAAGCGGCGCGAGUCGGCCGACUCGGUCGCGGGCAAGUUUGUCGGCAUCUCGUCCUCCGACAAGCCUGCCAAGCGAGACGAGGCUCCCAAGCGGGAGGAGUGGGCGCCGGAGCCGCCGGCUGCCGCGCCGGCGCCCGACCCGUUCGCCAACCUUAUGGGCAAGUGAGGAGGAGCGGAGCGUCGUGCCUUUCUAGACGGCUCGCGCGCUCCAGAGCGUCUAACGUAGUCGUGUGCGCUGUGACGGUUGUGUCCUGUGACUCCUCCGCUGUGUGGGCGCAGGUGUGUCCGGGGUCAGCGCGAACGCUGCCCGGCCCCUCGCGCCUGCGCCACUCGCUCUCCGGGGUCUCUCAUCUCGCGUCCCGUCCAGUCUCCCCUUUCGGCGCGCGGCGCUGUGUGACACUGUGUGAUCGCGGGCUCGCAGAGAGCUUUUUACGUGUAUUGGAACA